GCUGACGCCACGGCACUCUAGCCUGGGCGACAGAGCGAGACUCUGCCUCAAACAAAAAUAAAAAAAGGUAGAUUCCUAUCCAGGUUGUUCCGAACAUACUUACGCGUGUUUAAAAGGUUUGCAAGAACUGAAUGCAGUGUCAGGGUUUAAAUUGAAAUUAAAAUGGAAUUGAGGCGUGCCAGCCGCCUGCGGAUAGUCAGAGACAGCGUGCGUCUAAUGCCACCGUGCUGGGCGGUGUGGCUCUAAUGACCUGCCUGGACGUGUUUUAUGGUCAGACCCCACAUCGUGCUCCCGUGAGUAACGGAAGGAUUGGCAAAGAAAUUCCUCCCGGGCUGCGUUAAACACGCAACGUGUUCUGUGGCUUAGGAGCAAGUAGGGGCAAAAGACCUUCCUGCAGAAAAACGGGGCCACACCUCGUCCGUGCCUCUGCAGAGCCGAGCAAAAGCGUUUUAGAUCAGAAACGGGUUUGAAUUCUCUGCUUCCCUUGUCAUCUCUCUCCCCCCGGGGCCUUUGCGAGUUUUGACACGGUCGGUUUGCGUCGGCUCCAUAAAUCGUCCUGUUGGCUGCGAAACCCCCGCAGGGAGAACGGUGGGAGCCACACGCGUGAGAUUCCCGCUGCGUGUUUAGCUGUGCGGGCGGCAAAGACGUGUGGGGUGACCUCGUGUCCCCGGCAAAGCCAGGGCGCGGCCUGCAGAAUGCUGUCACCCGGGCUCUGGUUGUGACAUCCAGGCGGACAGCGGAAUUUAGAACUCACAGUGGGGGUGGGGACCGGGUCUUUGCAGUGAACGCGACGUACAGAGUGGCCGUCAUGGUCUGAAGCCGGCCAGGCAGUCGUGGCCCGAUGACCUAGAAGGGACAUUUCUGCAGUCCCGUUCCGUCUGUCUGCAAAGCCUCAGCCUAGCGGGAACGUCCGUGCUCGGUCACGUGGCGGGGUGGCCCUGCCCGCUCGCAGCCGGAGGUCCCCGUCCCCCCAGAGAUGGACAGUGUCACCUAGCAGCAGGCAUGCGCCCGCGACAUGAGCCACGUCACGAGUAACCGGGAGCUGUACCUGCAGUACACGGCGUCGGCCCCCAAGCUGCUGGCCGACAUCUCCAAGCUGCUCGUCCUGUGUCGCAACGCGGGGGUCCCCAUCCCGAAGGGGAUCCGGAACGUCUUCGAGUUCAGCUGGGAGGAGCUCAUCGCCGAUCCCGCGGUCCCCACCGCGUCCAGCAUCCUGGGCCUGGAGGUCACCUUCGGCUCGCUGCCCGCCGGGCCCGUGGAGGUGCCCCCGACCGAGGUCCCGGCCCAGAGGAAGCCGCCCCUGCCACCCCCGCCACCGUCGGCAUCCCUGCUACCGAUGCCGGCCACCAAGUUCGCCAGCCCGUCCCCGAGCCAGGGCCACCAGGCGUACCGCGCCCAGGAGACCCUGCAGCGGUUCCAGCAACGGUCCGUCCACCUGCUCACCGAGCUGCUGGGCCUGAAGAUGAAGGCCAUGCUGGAGUCCCUGUCGGGCGCCAACCCCCUGGACAUCACGCGGCGCUUCGUGGAGGCCAGCCAGCUGCUGCACCUCCGCGCCAAGGAGAUGGCCCUGAACUGCCUCAUGGGGACCGCCGGGAGGAACAGCUACGGCGCACACACGGGCAAAGAGUCCGCGCUGGACAUCUCGGUCGUGGGCGUGAACUCGCCUUACCAGCUCAUGUACGAGGCGUCCACGGCCUGUCUCAGCUUCUCCCUGUCCACGGGAAAGGACGGCAAGAAGAAAGCAGGCAAAUCGAAGGCCAUGGACGAUGUCACCACGCCACCCCCCACCCAGCGGGGAGCUGAGGCCUUCCUGGACGGCUUCGAGGUCGGCGACCCCUGCCCGGAGGCCCGGGAGAAGCUGCAGGAGAUGUGUCGGCACAUAGAAGCCGAACGGGCCACGUGGAGGGUGAAGAACGUCUCUUGCCCCAUGAUCCUGCACAACUACCGGGCCAAGAUCCCCCCCCAGCUGACGCUGAACCCCAGGGGGGACCCCCCCGGGCCGGCCCACCGCCUGCCGUCCUCGCUGCAGCUGCACGCGGGCCACCGCUCGCAGGACUGGAAGCCGGUCAGGAAGGCCAUGAAGCUGCACUACGGCUUCCACGACGGCUCCUCCUUCGUCUACUACCCUUCCGGAAACAUCGCCAUGUGCCAAAUCCCCACGUGCUGCCGAGGGAAGACCAUCACCUGCCUCUUCAACGACACCCCCAGCUUCUCCUUCCUGGCCCUGUUCAACGCCGAAGGCCAGGGAUGCAUCCACUACAACGUGCAGACCCACUGCCCGUACGUCUUGCUCUGGGACGAGGAAGGCGGGACGGCCAAUGACCACAAGGGCUACGUGGUCCACAAGUGGAGCUGGGCCUCCAAGACGGAGACUCUGCUGUCGCUGGAGUACAAGGUGAACGAGCACAUGAAGCUGAAGGUGCUGGGCCAGGACUCCAUCGUAGUCACCUUCACCUCCAUGAACGAGACCGUCACACUCACUGUGUCGGCCACCAGCUGUCCCCACGGAAUGGCGCACGAUAAGCGGCCCAACCGUGGGGUCCCCCCUGUAGACGACAAGGUUGCCAAGAUGAGCCGGGCGCUGGCUGAGAUCAAGAAGCGGUUUCAGCGGACGGUGACGCAGUUCAUGAAUUCCGUCCUGCUGGCGGCAGGCCUGUUCACCAUCGAAUACCCCGUAGUGAAGGAAGAAGGCGAGUCCGGCCGGCCGAAGGGGAGGCCGGGAGGCUACGUCGAGCGGGUGUCCAAGCUGAACCUGUGUCCCGGGGACACGCCCGUGGGGUCCCAGUCGGCCCAGCCCGAGUCCUCCCUGGGCGAGUCCGGGAAGGAGGAGCCGGGCUCGGCCCCCGUGAGCCCCGUGCGGAAGAGGAUGGUCCGGUCGCACGCCGCCAGAGCCUCGGCGACACCCAGGUUGGCCCGGGCCCCCGAGUCCCGCGCGGUGGUGCCCGGCCGCGGGCCGGCCUCGCCGGCCGACUGCCCGCUGCUGCUGCGGAGGCUGCUGCGGAGGGAGGACGCGCGGGCCGGGUGCAGGUGCCUGGCGAGGCCACCCCUGGUCUCGGACGCGGAGCUCGAGCCCUUCCUGUCGGCACCCCGCGACCCCGGCCAGGUGCUUGUGUUCGGCAUCGUGUCCAGCCGCAGCCCCGGGGACAGCGCGGAGCUGCAGUGGCUGCUGGACACGCUGUACGGCCAGCGGCAGCAGGGACGGGCCUCGCCCUGCAUGCAGUGCCGGCACGACCCCUACCGCUUGCUGCUCUACGACCUGCACGGGCCCCUGCAGGCGACCCCGCCGCUGAUGGUGAAGAAGUUCUCGGUGGUGCCGGGCAUGAUUCUGAUGUUCGCGGGGGGGAAGCUGCUUUUCGGGGGCUGCGUCCUCAACGGCUACGGCUACAGCAGGCGGAACCUGCUCGAGCAGAUCUCCCGGGCCCGGCGGGACUGCGGGAUGGGCUGCUUCCUGCCCCACGACUACAAGUUCAGCGUGCCCAGCUCGGAGCCCGGCCUGGACGACUCGGGCAGGGCCAAGGCGGCCACCCUGUCGGAAGAGACCCAGGGGAGCUUCUCCUCGCUGAUCCUGGGGGACAGGGUGGAGGAGGAGUCCCCUCUGGAGGCCGAGAAGAGGGUCGCGGAGCCCGAAGAGGAGCCCCCACUUCCUCCCAGCAAAGCCCAGAGGGGCAACGGCAAGUUCCCCAGCUCGAAGAAAGUGCCUGUCAGAAAGUGACGCCUCCCCGGUGGCCCCAGGCUGGACGCUGCCCCUCCCCGCCCGGCCCGGCCCCCCCGUCUCCCAAUAAACGAGCUGA